GUGCAUGAUGCGGCAAAAGAGUUAGAAAAACGGCGAGCAGAAGUUGAGGCCAGCAAAAUACCAGCAGAAGAAAAGGCAGAAGAGCAAGCUGCACCAGUGGUGACACAGACUUCGGCAGACGAGAGUAAAGAAGAGGAAGUAAAAGCAGUGGAGGUGCAAGAGGAAGGCAAGCGUAGUGAGCCAGCCACGAGUGAUGAGGAUUCUGAAACAACAGAUACAGCCGAUAUAGAUUCUGACAUGGAUGAGUUUGUAGAAGCUUCCGAUGAGAUACGGCCUGCAGAUAAAAGGGAAUAUUACGUUUUUGUGGAUUAA